GCAUUAGUAGCGAGUGACAAUUGGCUUCCAAUGGUUGUUGCUGUGAAAGAAUAGGCCCAUCUAUAGAAGUCAUCGUAUUUACUUAACAACUCAAUUCUAUAAAAUUUUGGUACACCGUAUAUCGGAGGGAAAAUCAGCGAAAAUUGUCCUCAUCACAAGAUGAUGAGACCACGAUCCCGAUCAAGAGGUGGAAAAUCAUCAGCUUACCAACGAUCGAGAAGUCGCUCACCAUUUUUCACCAGAGAGAAACAUAACAGAUAUCCAAGCAAACCAUACAGAGGCAAUUCUUAUCACCACCAUGGAAGACCUGAAGAUGUGAGGCGCAGGGAGGAAUAUAACAGACCAGCACAUAAUUCUCCAAGACGAUCACCAUGCCCCUACAAGCCCAGGAGUCGUAGUCAUUCUCCGAGUCCAGGUGUUCAUCAUCAGAAUUCACAUAAUGUAAGAAAAGGGGAAUUCAACAAUGACACCCGUAGAGACCAAAGCCCUGUUCAUUAUGAUACAAUGUAUCGUCGCAGUCCGCCUCCACAAAGGUUACCGACAGAACCCAUCCCAAAGGAUCGGAGCAUAUUCCGUGGACCUGGGGGCACGGUGAUAGACCUAAAUGAGCUUCAGAAAAUUACCGUUGACAUCCGUCGAAAUCUGUCACGCGGUGCAGUCCCUGCAUCGUAUGGCCCGUUGAAAUAUGCAUUCAAUCCUGCAGACGUCAUUCUUGUUCGAAGACCUGGAGAAGGAUCACAUCCAAUAUUCGAUCGCGAAGAGUUGAAACCGCGACCUGCGGAAGAAAGGGUAAUAAAACUGGCAGCAGAUUUUCCAGAUAGAAUGGAACGUGUACAACGGUCGCCUUCGCGAAGCCAUGACCCAUUCACUGGAGCUUCAGGUUCAUCUUAUCAGCAAGAUAAUCGAUCCGUCGAUGGAGACGGUGAAGGAGACUUGCGAUUUCGUUUGAUGGAAAAGAAAAGUAGCGAGGAAAAUAAGGAAAGGAUGAUUGUCGAUCCGAAUUAUGUUCCGCAAGGCCGUUACUAUUACGAGCAUGAUAAUCGCGAAAGGUUCAUGAACCGAGGACGCGGAUUUGCUUUCCGCGGAAACACAAGGGGUAAUUACAAUUCAAAUUUACAAGGUGGCAAUAGUAGUGGAGCAUUUCGUGGAAGCUAUCGUGGUGGCAACGGCGGUCAGUACCGCGAAACAUCUCGCGGCUCUUACAGAGGCAAAUUGCGUUCUCCCAACUGGCAACAUGAUUUGUUUGAUACGGCGCCAGUGGAUGAUGGAAAACCAAGUAGUACGACGCAGAUAUGAAACGGUUAAUGAACCAUUCCCUUUGAACACACACAAAAUCAUCCUUACCUUUCCCUUGACGUCAGCGUUGAAAGGCAUGGUUGGCAUCACAUAACUACAUUUACAUAAUGAAAAAGUUAUGUACAUCCCCACAUCCCAUUCGAUUAAAGAUUACAAUGACGUUUAUUCCACAAAACGGUGGUCACGUUUUUUCUUUGCAUGAUGGAAGACAAUGAUGCAUAAUAAAUAUGUUUAGUUAAUUA